AUGUUGUCGACUAAGCUCCGCUACCUCGUCAGGUCUCCAGAGGUCAAUCCCAUCACUCUCAAAGCAAGAUCGGUCCCGGUUUUCAAUCCGAUUGACCGCUAUGGACGUGUCUUCUUCUUUUCAUGGCUGGGGUUCAUGGUGGCAUUCCUAUCCUGGUAUGCCUUUCCGCCAUUGUUGACCAUUAGCAUACGCGAGGACUUGAAAAUGACCCAGGCUGACGUUGCCAAUUCCAACAUUGUGGCACUUCUCGCAACGUUUCUUGUCCGCCUUGUCACCGGUCCUCUUUGCGACCGAUAUGGACCGCGUUACGUCUUCGCCGGUCUCCUGCUGUGCGGUGCUGUCCCCACAGCCCUAGCUACGACCGUGAAGAAUCCCAUGGGCCUAAUCGCAAUUCGGUUUUUCGUUGGUAUUUUGGGUGGAACGUUCGUCCCAUGCCAGGUCUGGUGCACCGGCUUCUUCGACAAGAAUGUCGUUGGGACUGCCAAUGCACUUGCGGGAGGUUGGGGUAACGCUGGAGGUGGAAUAACCUACUUCGUCAUGCCAGCCUUGUUCGAUGCCCUUGUCCAUUCCCAGGGCCUUACUCCUCAUGUGGCGUGGAGGGUGGCCUUCGUACUCCCAUUCGUUAUUGUUACCGCGACCGCCGCAGGAAUGCUUCUCCUCUGUGAUGAUACCCCGACUGGGAAGUGGGCCGACCGUCACCUUGUCAUUGAAGGCCUUCCUCCAACUCCUCCUUCCGAGGUGGCCACUCUGCAUCCGGGGGAGUCCAAAGAGAGAUACAAGGAUCCUGAAAAGUCACCAGCCGAAUCUAUUCUCCAGGCACGUAGCACUGAAAUUGAUCUGCCCAGGGGGGAGUUGGUUGCUGCUCCUAGUUUCCGCAAAACUCUCCAAGUAGCCUUCUCACUACAGACUCUGGCGCUGGCGGUCCCAUACGCCUGUUCUUUUGGGGGGGAGCUGGCGAUUAACUCUAUCAUCGGGUCAUAUUACUAUAAGAACUUCCCUCACCUCGGCCAAACCCUUUCUGGCCGUUGGGCGGCUAUGUUUGGUCUGCUUAACGUCCUCUUUCGGCCUGCUGGAGGCAUUAUCGGUGACAUCAUCUACAAGUACACCCAGUCUGUUUGGUGCAAGAAGCUCUGGCUGUGCUUUCUGGGUGUCGUCAUGGGUGUCUUCCAGCUUGCCAUUGGCCUGUCGGACCCUCAUCACCAGCCGACUAUGUUCGGCCUCGUCGCAGGCCUUGCGUUCUUCAUGGAUGCGUCGAACGGAGCUAGCUUUGCAGUUGUCCCGCACGUUUUUCCUUCAUCGAACGGCCUUGUUGGAGCCACUGGAAACUUGGGUGGGGUUAUAUUUGCUGUCAUCUUUCGGCAUUUUGGAAAGGCAUACCACACGUCUCUGUGGAUUCUCGGUGUCAUUAGCAUCGUGGUUAACCUCGGUACGGCAUGGAUUCCUCCAGUGCCAAAGGAUUAUUGA